CAGAUACAUGCUGCGGUAGGAUUUCAUUAGGGGAUUCUAGUGUAGACACUAUCUGUCUAACUAAUGAGCGGUUCAGACGCUUCUGAUGAUAGAGUUGACGAAAGGAGACUAACAAGUGCUCGGGCAUUAAGGGUACCGCACGUGUUCCAGGCCUUGGAGCCAGGAGGAGAAAGACAUCUACGUAGAGCCCUUGCGCUAGCAGUGAGGAUAGCAGAAGCAAUUAGAGCAGCAAGAGAGCAGGCAACAACAGCCAGAGCAGCAACAAUGGCUAACGGUAUCAGCUCGGCUGCGUCAUCGUCUGCGUCCUCGUCAGGGACUAGUGGGAGCUCAUUGGGAAUGCCAACGAGUUCCACAAGUUCCUCAGGCACUUCCGGUUCCACAGGCUCUAGCCAGUCUUCUAGUCAAAUGGCGGGCUCGCAGUUCAGCCCGUUGACCCCGCGUCAGAGGGAGCUCAGAGAGAUCCAGCAGGUCGAGAUGCUCCGCCGUAAGUUAGAGAAGGACCUGAAAGAUGCUACCGAUCGAGAAAAUGCGAUGAAAACUAGAGCAGCCAGGCUUGAAUCUUUAGAGGUUGACAAGGCUGAACUAGAGGGCUUGGAUGAGUCAGCGUUGACUGACCCACUAAAGGUAUUGAAAAAUAACAUGUUGUCGCUACACGCACACGUGGACAGCAAGUUAGAUUUCAUGCAGAGCACUCUAGACCAAAUCCUGGAUGCUUUGACAAGGCCAGGAUUCCGGCCACCAGCACAAUCGCCGUUGCCGUUAUCGGCGAUGUCAGGCCCCUUUCCGGUUCAAGCUGGCACACAGCCAAGUGACACAUCUGCAACAGCCGCACAGACUGUUGCAUCUUCUUCUUCGAGUCCAGCGGUGAUUACUACAUCACCACAACAACCUGUUCCUGCACAGGGACAUCAACAAGGUCAAUGGUACCCCAAAACCCCAAUGAAACCGCCUCUUGCCUUCUCAGGCGAGAGAAAGGACGAGGAACUCAACACAUGGUUGAGGACCGUCCCGGUUUGGGUGAAGGCGAAGAGGACCUUGCCUGAGGACGAAGUGGUAACUGCUGCAUCUUACCUCGAGGGUAAGGCAGCCAAAUGGUUAGAUGGUGUAGUUAUUAAGGCCGGGUAUGGGAGACGUAUGGCGGAUUGGUCUAAGUCCCUGACAUUAGACCAGUUUAUGGAGAUGGUAGAAGCUUGAUGGCAUAACCCACAGGAGGCACAAAAGGCCACUGAUGCCAUUAACAAACUGGACCAACGUAA